CAAUUCCCAAACCUUUGCAGGAUGGAGGAGGAGGCUGUGAGGAAGAGGAAGGUGCCCCAGGACAGCCAGGCAGACAAGGAGCUGAGCAUGGAGACCAGGGAGGACAAAUCCCCACGGCAGAUCCUCGUGGAAGAGGCCGUUUUGAGCGGCUCCACGGGGCAGGAAUCCAACGGGGAGGAAAAGUCCUGGCGAUCCCCUGUGAGAAGAGACUGCAAAAGCAGAUCACGAGGAUCUGAGGAGGAAAGAGCCACCCUGUGCCAGGAAGGCGGCCAGAGAUGGAGCCAGAGCUCAGACCUGGUGGUCCAUGAGCAGCUUCAUGAUGGGGAGAAGCCCCACAAGUGCUUUGGGUGUUCAAAGAGCUUCACCUGGCGGUGCCACCUGCUUCGCCACCAGAGGAUUCACACAGACGAACGGCCCUACGAGUGUGGGGAAUGUGGGAAGAGCUUCAGGAAGAGCUCCAGCUUGAUAGAACACCAGAGGAUCCACACUGGGGAGAGGCCCUACGAGUGUGGGGAAUGUGGGAAGAGGUUCAGACAAAGCUCCAGCCUUAUCUGCCAUCAGAGGAUCCACACUGGGGAGAGGCCCUAUGAGUGUGGGGAAUGUGGGAAGAGGUUCAGAGAGAGCUCCAGCCUAACCCAGCACCAGAAGAUCCACACUGGGGAACGGCCAUACAAGUGUGGGGAAUGUGGGAAGUGCUUCCUGUACCGUAGUUACCUGACCAUACACCAGAGGAUCCACACUGGGGAGAGGCCCUACAAGUGUUCCGAGUGUGGGAUGGGGUUUCUGACCAGCUCCCAGCUCCUUGAACAUCAGCAGACACACAUAGAGGAGAGGCCCUUCCGCUGCCCUGACUGUGGGAAGGGCUUCAGGAAAAACUCCACCCUCAUCAACCACAGGCGCAUCCACACCGGGGAGAGGCCCCACGAGUGUGAUGUAUGUGGGAUGAGCUUCAUACAGAGCUGGGACCUGAUCUGCCACCAGAGGACCCACACUGGGGAGAGGCCUUAUGAGUGUGAUAAAUGCAGCAAGAGGUUCCACACAAGCUCCAGUCUCCUCCUGCACCAGCGGAUUCACACAGAGGAGAGGCCCUUCCGCUGUCCUGACUGCAGGAAGGGCUUCAAGUGGAAAUUUGCCCUCAUCAGACACCGGCGCAUCCACACUGGGGAGAGGCCCCACGAGUGUCCCCAGUGUGGGAAGAGUUUUUCACAGAGCUCAGACCUGGUGGUCCAUGAGCAGCUUCAUGAUGGGGAGAAGCCCCACAAGUGCUUUGGGUGUGCAAAGAGCUUCAGCUGGCGGUGCCACCUGCUUCGCCACCAGAGGAUUCACACAGACGAACGGCCCUACGAGUGUGGGGAAUGUGGGAAGAGCUUCAGGAACAACUUCCACCUGAUCAGUCACCAGAGGAUCCACACUGGGGAGAGGCCCCAUGAGUGUGGGGAAUGUGGGAAGAAGUUCAGCCACAGCUCCAGCCUGAUCUAUCACCAAAGGAUCCACACUGGGGAGAGGCCUUACGAGUGUGGGGAAUGUGGGAUGAGCUUCAGGAAGAGCUCCAGCCUGAUCAGCCAUCAGAGGAUCCACACUGGGGAGAGGCCCUACGAGUGUGAAGAAUGUGGGAAGAGGUUCAGAGAGAGCUCCAGCCUAACCCAGCACCACAAGAUCCACACUGGGGAACGGCCAUACAAGUGUGGGGAAUGUGGGAAGUGCUUCAGGCACCGUAGGCACCUGACUGUACACCAAAGGAUCCACACUGGGGAGAGGCCCUACAAGUGUUCCGAGUGUGGGAUGGGGUUUCUGACCAGCUCCCAGCUCCUUGAACAUCAGCAGACACACACAGAGGAGAGGCCCUUCCGCUGCCCCGACUGCGGGAAGGGCUUCAAGCACAACUCCACCCUCACCCGCCACAGGCGCAUCCACACCGGGGAGAGGCCCCACGAGUGUGAUGUAUGUGGGAUGAGCUUCAUACAGAGCUCGGCCCUGAUCUGCCACCAAAGGACCCACACUGGGGAGAGGCCUUAUGAGUGUGAUAAAUGCAGCAAGAGGUUCUGCACAAGCUCCAAGCUCCUCUUGCACCAGCGGAUUCACACAGAGGAGAGGCCCUUCCGCUGUCCUGACUGCGGGAAGGGCUUCAAGUGGAAAUCUGCCCUCACCACCCACCUGCGCAUCCACACUGGGGAGAGGCCCCACGAGUGUCCCCAGUGUGGGAAGAGCUUUUCACAGAGGUCUCACAUGACCCAACACCACCUGAGGCACCAGUAAGGGAAGCCCUGUGAGUGCCCCCAGUGCAGGAAGAGCUCCGUCCUCUGCUCCAGCUGCAUCCCCCACUGGAGGACCCACGUUGGGCAGAGCCCUGGUGACCCACAUUCCCUGUGAUCCA